AUGAAUGAAGAUCAAAAGUUUCUGGCAAAAUUCAAAAGUGACAAAAAGGCAGUUGAAACACGAAAUAGGACGCUUCAAAGAACUAAGCAUGAUGAAGACGAGGAAUUUUGCGAAGUUGAAAAUUCCUUGAGUUUACAUUUAAAAUCGAUCGAAAAGAAUUCCGUACUGGACGGAUUAGUUAGUGAGAUACAUGAUGUUGAGAUCAGCCUAGUACAAAUGAUGAAAGAAAUUGGAUUGAAAGACGAGUUGGAUGAGAAAAUCUGUGUGUAG